AGCAUCGUCAAGGGUUUCCCGCCCGUCUCGCCAUUCAUCGGUGUUAGUCCGACGCUUUGUUACUUGCUCAAGGAGAAAAAACCAUUGUGCUGUCUGCAGCUGGCACAGGUCUGCGAGCACUGCAGCUAUCGCAAUGCCAAGGAGUAUCAAUGGCAAAACAAGACGAUUAUUCUGGCAGCGGAUUAUGCAUCGAAUGGCAUUUACAACUUUAUCAUACCGUUACGUGCGCACUUUCGUUCGAAAACGUCAUUAAAUCCGAUUAUAUUGUUGUUGGAGCGUCGACCGGAUGUGGCCUUUCUCGAUGCGCUCUCCUACUUUCCGCUGGUUUAUUGGAUGCUCGGUUCCAUCGACUGCUUGGAUGACCUGCUGCGUGCCGGCAUUACCCUUGCCGAGAGUGUGGUGGUGGUGAACAAGGAACUGUCCAACUCGGCGGAGGAGGAUUCGCUGGCCGAUUGCAACACCAUCGUCGCCGUGCAAACAAUGUUCAAAUUCUUUCCCAGCAUUAAGAGCAUAACUGAACUCUCUCAGAGUUCCAACAUGCGUUUCAUGCAGUUCCGUGCGCAUGACAAAUAUGCGCUGCACCUAAGUAAAAUGGAGAAGCGCGAAAAGGAGCGCGGCUCUCAUAUUUCCUACAUGUUUCGUCUGCCAUUCGCUGCCGGCGCCGUUUUCAGCGCCUCGAUGCUGGACACGCUACUCUAUCAGGCAUUCGUCAAGGACUAUGUGAUUACAUUUGUGCGCUUGCUGUUGGGCAUCGAUCAGGCGCCGGGCAGUGGCUUUCUGACAUCGAUGCGCAUUACAAAAGACGACAUGUGGAUCCGUACCUACGGUCGUUUGUAUCAGAAACUUUGCUCGACAACUUGCGAAAUACCGAUCGGCAUUUAUCGUACUCAGGACACAUCGAAUACGGAAGCGUCACAUGUGAGUAAUUCACCUGUAGAGAAGUGGGGACCGUUUUCCGCUUUCGGAAAGCACUGUGUGCGCUUGCGACCAUCGGUGAGUCCAUAACGAAGUAACAACAAAGAAUAAUAAGUACAAAACAGUCAAAAUUUAAAAACUGAAAGUGACUUUAAUUAACAAAUACUACUUAUAACUAUUACUUACUACUUGCUUAAUUACAUCAUAAUAAUUUGAAUGAGUAAUGAUGAGCACCCUUUAAAUACUACUAACAUACAAACAUACAUUCUUACAUACAACCAAUAGCAUUAAAAAACUAUCCAUAUAGAGAUAAUUUUUGUUUCAUAUAUUAUAGAUCGAUAUUAAAACACUUUUUGGCAUAACUUAAUAUAGCCUAGCGCCAAGAACCUAACCUUAAAAUAUCAUAGUAUCAAAUAAGAAAAUUUGUCUGUCCAACUUUAGAUUAGUAAAGGAAUCUUUGUAGAGUGGGUUCUUGCGACAGUUCAGUGAAGUGUUAAUGCUAGUUGCUUAUAUAUAAGGUCCUUAGAGAUCGCGAUUCCAGAAAUAUUUCACAUCACUUUCUGGACUCUUUUUUCAGUGGUUAAAGAGAAUACAAGAUACUAAUUCCUCAUAGCUACUAAAAGGAUCGCCUUUCUUGUUAUUGCGUAAAUAUUUCGAAUAGUUUCUACGAUAAAUUAUAAGAAUCUUUCUGCCCAAAAGCUCUACACUUUUGACAAUAGAAUACACUUUAUAACUAAUACUUAAUAAAUAUUUGGGAAGAAUUUUACUAAACAUGAAUUUCAAAAUCAACAUAGUCACAAUAUCAAGGCCUUAUGGUCUAUUAUCUAAACUUUUAAUAUUGACAAGUUAUAUUUAGUCCAGGAAUUAUCUUUUAAGUGAUUCCAAACUUGUUCUAAUGUAGCCGGUGGCUAUUCAGAUUGAGUGUGACGCAUAACUGACAUGCGGCGAAAACCAACAAAAUUGACAAUUAUCUACGUCGCGUUUGUGCAUCCGUGGGCAUAUAUAAAGCAUUUAAAUAAAUGGUGUUUUUUAGAUAUGUGGUUUUUAAAAGGAAAUAAAACGUAUAUAAUUUAGUGUUAUGGCCAAGAAAUUAGCUUCAAUUAAAAAAACGGGAUUGCCAUUAUGUUUUAAAAAUGAUUUCAGACAAGUGACCGCCGCGGGUGGCUCGAAUUCAGCCAAGAGGUCCAAUUUUCGACCACUUUUUUGUCGCAAUUGCGCCCGUAUGUCAGUAAUAACGGGCCGAAUAUGUUUUCUCGAGGCUUCAACCGUCUCCGGCUUAUCUGUGUAGACAAGCGACUUAAUAUAACCCCACAAAAACAGCGUUAAAUCACACGAUCUUCUAAGGCCACAACUAUUAUUUUGAUAUUAAAUUUUACACAAUUUGCGAACGGUCUUUUUAUUAUAAAAUGGCAAACCAAACUGAGUUUAAGUCAACAGCUGUCAAAAAGACCAACAGCAUAAAAAGUAUUGCCACACGUCUAUAAAAAAACCCGUUAUGCAUUCAGUAUACUUUAAUGUCAGUUAAUUACGUUGAUGCAACGGGGUAUGACGCAAUUUUUGAUGGAUCUAUAUGAGUAAAGGUAUUCCAAGCUUACAAAAAUUAUACUACAGAAUCUUAAUUAAAUUUAAUUCUUACGUAUAUUUAUGGUUAAUAGGAGUGAAACUUCUAUACUCUUAACACCUUAAGGGUUAGGUGAGAAGAGCUCGAAAGGUAUCGACAAAGUUCGAACUCGCCACCAGCGCUUGAAAAAAAGAGCCUCAUUAAUGCAUAUACAGUGAAGUGACUACCUAGUGUCAUAGCGUCAUAUUUCUUCCAUUCUUUCUCUCUCUAUAAUUGUUUUAUCACUGAGUAUGAAUAAAACAAUUGUAAAUUAAAAAUUGAGUGAUAUAGGAGUGAAGUUCUAGUUACUAAAUAGUUCGCAAUGACUCGAAACUAAUAGAAAUAAAUAGCAAUAGGAAACGAAAACUCUGCACACAAACAACAAUUAUUUCUUAAUUG